AUGAAUGAGUACAUAGCCAACUAUAAAUACACAAAGAGUAUUUCAUGCAUUGGAGAGAGUGCAUCAGUCUCUGCAAGAAUUAAUGAAAAUAAGAUUGUCUCCGUGGCAUACGAAAAUAUUCUGGUUUGGAACGUGGAUACGCUCUCCAUUGAAUACGCAUUAAAUUAUAGCCCGAAUUCACCCACUGCAGUCUCAGCAAUUGGAGCAGUUCCUGGGGAAGAAACCAGAUUUAUCAUAGGGCACGUAGAUGGAGUUGUGAGGUGCAUAGACCAAGAAGGAAGUGAACUAUUUGGCUUCCGAGAGCACCUGAAGAAGAUAAUUGGAAUAGACUCUACAACAGAAAUUGCAGUGGUAUACUCUGUGUCUGCAUUUACUGUGAUAGACUUAAGGAUAGAGAGUGUUUUAUGCACAAUUAAUAUUUCCAUCCCAAUUCGAGUUGUAAAAAUAGUCAACUCACAGAUCCACAUAGGAACAGAACAAGGAAUAGUUCACACAUAUAAAAUCACUGAUUUAUUCAAUAAACUCGAAGACCCAGAUAUAAUAACCCUAUCAGGCAACAGGAUGCUUGAUUUUCUGGUGACAAGCGAUGCAUUGUAUGCUAUACUACCAGAGUGCAUCGUAAAUGUAGAGACAAAAGCAGAGCUGAAAUUAAACCACAGGAUAACCCACGUGGCAACAGAAGGUGAAUAUAUAUUUGCAAGAGACACAAAGAGUAAAUACCACUGGAUGUGUAUAACAGAGGGAAAUAUAGUUGAAAAAGGUCAAUUUAAAUCAACCCGGCCUGUUACGUCCUUGCAAGUGUUCUGUAAUAAGGCAGUUGCACUAUUCGCAGAUAAUGGCAUAUACGUAUACAGAGGCAAUGACUAUAUUACAUCAGUAGAAGGAGGCCGUGAUAAUUUAAUUGCUGUGGUUGUCAACUCAGGGAGUGUACUGGGAAUAACAGAGACAGAAGGAAAGGUAUUUGCAGUUGCACCAGAGACAGACGCACUAGACACAUUAGACAUAGCUAGAGUAUUAUUUGAGGAUACAGGCAUGACGUGCGUAUCUGUGCAUAAUGGGAAGUAUUACAUUGGCAGGAAGGAUGGAAAUAUUUCAGUUAGAAAUAUUCAUGGGGAAGAGAUGCAAGUGAUAAAUGUGUCUGAAGAUGCAAUUGUUUCACUUGAUGUGAAAGAUGCAUUAAUUGCAGCAUCCACUGGGAACAGAGUUAUUUUGCUGGAGAGGCGAGCUAAUUUGGGUCUUUCAGAAAAAGCAAAAAAAGACAAGUCUGUCUGUGCUGAAGCAUACACGCCAGAGGCCUUUGAAGUAGAUGAACUUGAAUAUGAAGAUGAAGUGAUUUGUGUGCGUGUAUCACAGGAUUGUGCGCUUGUAUUUGCAUCACUUGCUGACAGUACAGUGAAAGUGCAUAAAAUAGACGGAACAAAGGUGCUUUCAUUGUACGGUCAUUCUGUGCCUGUGGUGGACAUGUGCAUCUGCAUGGAGAAAGACCUUCUUUACACGCUAGGAGGCGAUAAAUUAGUGAAGGUCUGGGGACUACGCCACGGAGAAUGCAGAAAGACACUAAACCCAAUCGAUCCAUCCGGAAUAUACUUACAGAACAAUCUGCUUAUUGUGUCAACUGGCUACGGUUUAGUCUAUUACCUUCGGGAGACCUUUGAGAAAGUAAAACAAAUAGAAUAUUUAACAGGAAAGACAAGGGCAGUGCCUGGCCAGAAUAGAAUUGCAAUUAUUGAUAGACAUAUGCUAGUGACUCGUGAGAGGGCUAUUUCUUUAUUUACAGAAGGAGAUUACAGCACGACACUUUUUGAAGAAAGAUCUCUUGCUGAGAAAGCAGCAGAAAUAAAGGAAUUAACAGCAGACAAGAAGAUAUACAGGAUAAGUGCACUUGAGGAGUUAGAAGUGGCUUUGGAAGGGGAUAACUCUAGUCAAAUAUACGCUGCACUUAAAAGGCUUCCCAAGACAGAUAUAGAGAAGGUAAUUGAUCUUAUGAAUGCAGAGAUGCAUGAGAAGUUAGUGACUGCAUUGUCUGAGGUGCCUGCGGAUGAUAAUCCAUUGGUUAUGGGAUGGGCUCUGGGCAGACUCUUGCAGAAAACGCAAAGGACAGAUGCACUUUUAACUUUGCAGCAGAAGCUAAGGGUUGAAUUAAGGAAGCAAGCACGCCUGUGCAUGGCGAAUAGGGCAGCCAUACAGUGGAGUAUACAGGAAUAA